CCAGUGAAAAGAUAGACCAGGAAAACCGACGAAGGAAACGUAGCAAGCUCUGGCUAUGGAGUCGUCUUCCACGCUUUCGCGUUGGGAAUAUUUCAUCUUAUUAAUUCUGCGUCCGGUACUAGCAAUCUCUUUCGUUCUCGUGUUCAUAUCUCUGGGGUGGUUUUUGGCAUGGAAGCUGGUGCUGGUACACGUACCUCUUGUGCAAGAGAUGUUCGGGUUGCGUAAAAGGAUCCAUAAACCCAAACCCAUUACUCGUCGAUUUUCCAGAUAUUACAAGUCCAUUAAUGCCCGAAAUUCUACCUCUGGAUGAUGAAAUCUGAUGGGGGAUUUGGUGUCAGUGCUGAAUAAACAUCUUCAGAUCCGCUCGAGAUCAAAUUCUUGAAUGCUUGUGUUCCUGGCAGGGGAGACCAAGGCAGAGUGAAGUAACAAAAACCAUACAUAUUUUUGGCUCCCAACAAAGAAAUUAUCAAUGAAUGUUCAUGUUUAUAGAUAAUAGAGAUUAUGCUUUUGUGUAUAGAUACGUUUGUAUUCUGAAAUUCAUGCAAGAAGAUGCAUUACAUUGACAUAAGCUGAUAGUUGGGAAUUUUACCUAUCUCAAGCUCCAUGAAAUCUGAGCAUUAAUUUAUUUUUAA